AUGAGAGUUUUACCAUUUUUAAUUAUCGGAUUUUUAUAUAAAUCGGCCUUGGGGACCGAUGAUGCAAAUGAAGUGGCGGAUGCCAUUCUAAGUCAAACUUCUCAAAAAGAGGAUAAUCUGUUGGACGAAGCUCUUUUUCAAGGGUUGGUUGACGGUUAUACGUUUACUUUGGACUGCGUUACUCUAUCCAAACACGAACACGAGGAUACAGAAAAGAGUGAAAAGGCGCUAAAUAAGGAGCAUGAACACAAUUUACAAGAAGCCAAUUUAGAGGCAGAACACAUGACCAAACAUCGUACAAUGCAGUCGCAACAGGUUGAUAAAAAAGAGGCUGCUUUGUUUACUGAAUUGAAUAUACUAAUGCACUUUCUUAACUCGAGAGGCCAGGAGUGGUCCUUAAAAGAGCCGAAAGAUCUGGAUUUUGAAGAAAGCGAUGAAAAACACAUGGUUUUCGUAAGUUCAGCAAACGAUCAGGCUGAGAUAAAGAUACCUCAAAACAUGUUCUAUUCAGUCGGUAACAUGAAAAAAUCAAUUCCUGUUCAUAAAGAUAAUAAAAAGCCUAUUCUUUUGACUUGUCUCGAGUCAUUUAUUGUUUCUAGAUUUGGAUUUUUAUCCAUGGAUAAAUUAACUAAAAGUACUGAGCCUGUUGCCAGUAAGUUAGAAUAUUUGAAUAGAUGGAUCACAAUUGCAAAAAAGAAUUAUAUUCUUUAUCUUCCUUACAUUUCCAUCACAGCCCCAAGGUGUCAUGACCUUCUGAAAGGCGAAAAUGAUGAGGUACAUUCGGAUUAUUCUAGCAAUAACCAUUAUAAACAUCUUUUUAGUGUUUGUAAAAAGAUGCUUCAAAAGCGAGAGAAUGACGGAGUUCUUCAAACCUAUGUGAUGUUAGACUCAGAUUUGCAUCCUGAACUAAUGAGGAAAACCAUUGACGAUAAACAUUUAUUUCCACUAAUGCUUCAAGAUAGAGAUGGCACCCUAAAGUCUAUUCACAAACACCAUGAACAUGAAAUGACUUGGGACGAGUUCCAGAGUGCUGGGAAUUUGUUGUUGGCUGAAAUGGAGAAACAGAUACUAAAAAACGAAAUAUUUUUAAAACCUGAAAGUUGGGGCAUCGGUUUAAACGCUGAAAAUUCAAAAAAGGCUGAAAUGGAACUAAUAAAACUAUUUGUUAAAUCACAAAAGAAACUAAAUUUUAAGGUUAUUCAGACAGUUAGGUCAGUAUCCCAUGAAGCAAUGCAUAAAACUAAUAAGGGAGAUGCGGAACUUAAAAAAUCAAUGAUAAAAUUUUCCGAAAAGGAGGAGCAGGCUGCUAAAAAUGAGGCCUCGACCAACAGUACACUAAAGAAAUGUUUAGAGGAAGCUGAGAAAAAAUUGGAAGAGGAUGCUAAAGAUUUUUCAAAUACACAAAUAACCAAUAUCGCUAGUCAACUUAAAACUUUCGAACACGAUUCGUGGAUGGAAUGUGUUUCAUCUAGAAUUUUCGCUAAACUUGUAACGUUGUGUGAAAAUAACGAUGAUUACUGUAAAACUCUUGUGGACAAAUUGCAAAAUGAACUUAAAAAUGCAGACCCAGAUAGCAGUUCCACAAUAGCCAUUGAAAACUUACACUACGGAAUUACAACUGCACUUUUGAAGAAUGAUAAAAUUGAUAUGGAAGUUGUCAAGAAGCAAAUUUUAAAAGUAUCAAAGCAAGAAAUACAAGAAAUGAGUGAACCUGUUAAAUCAAAUGGAACAGAAACAUCAACUUCAGAAAAUGAAGAAGGACAAGCUGUAGAGGAAAAGGAAGAAAGUGAAUAA